UGGAUGACUGGUGUGGCAGGGAGAACAGAGAGACAAGAGCAAAAGAGAAAAAGAAAGUGAAAGAGACACCCAGAUAGAAUUAAGGUGGAUAUAUUAAACAGACACAAGAAAAGACAAAUAGCAAAGAAAAACUCUAUCAAAAUUAGAAAUAAGGUGAAAUUAGGUCGACACGGACAUAUCGAGACAGUGUGACUGACUGAAAUGGAAUCAAAGAGACUGAGACAAACUUGGGAUUACCAGUAACGGAUCAUCAGAAGUGGAGUUUCUCAAACAUGGACUAGUCUGGGAAUUUGCAUAUAUACAUACACACACACACACACACUCACACACAGACACACACCAUCCAAACACACACACACACACACACACACACACACACACACAUUUGGUUUCCUGUUGUGAGCCGUCUUGGCAGUGGACAGGUGUCAGUAUGCAGGAGUCUCCAGGUGCUAUGGGUGUAGAUGGCAGCUAUGCCAGCAAUGUUCCAGCCUUCCUCACUAAACUGUGGACCCUGGUGGAGGAUCCAGAUACCAACCAUCUCAUCUGCUGGAGCGCUACUGGGACCAGUUUCCAUGUGUUUGACCAGGGACGCUUUGCCAAGGAAGUUCUGCCCAAGUACUUUAAACACAAUAAUAUGGCGAGCUUUGUUCGACAGCUCAACAUGUAUGGUUUCCGUAAGGUGGUGAACAUUGAGCAGAGCGGUCUGGUGAAGCCUGAGAGAGACGAUACAGAGUUCCAACAUCUGUACUUCCUCCAGGGACAUGAACACAUGUUGGAACACAUCAAGAGGAAGGUAUCCAUAGUGAAGAGUGAGGAGACUAAAGUCCGUCAGGAGGACCUCAGUAAACUUCUGUAUGAAGUUCAGCUUCUUAGAACACAACAGGACAACAUGGAGUGUCAGAUGCAAGACAUGAAACAGCAGAAUGAAGUGCUGUGGAGAGAGGUGGUCUCACUGAGACAAAACCACACACAGCAACAGAAAGUCAUGAACAAGCUGAUUCAGUUUCUGUUCAGCCAGAUGCAGUCCAACACACCCAGCACUGUGGGCCUAAAGAGAAAGCUACCCCUGAUGUUGGACGAUGGCUCUCCGAGCCCUCCUGCCUCCAAGUUCAGCCAUAAUCACCCAAUGGAGCCAAUGCAUGAGCCCUUCUACAUCCAGUCGCCAUCCAGUGAUACUGCUUCUUGCUCUACUAGUGGGCUGACAGGAGGACCAAUCAUAUCAGAUGUUACUGACAUGUCUCAGGCCAGCAUGGCCCUCCAGAUGCAGCCUGAUGAGACCAGGGAGAAGUGCAUGAUGCUUAUUAAAGAGGAGCCUGUGAGUCCAGGAGUGAGAGGAGGAGGGAAAGGAGGCGGCGGGGUAGGGGGAGGAGAGGCCGUGGCGUUGACCUCCUCAUGUGAGGUGUGCUCCUCGGAACCUCCUGUCCUCCCAGUUGCAAUGGUCCAGUCUGUUCUGGAGGGGAGAGGCUCUGUGGCCUCUAUGGUGGAGAGGAGGAGUAAGAGACCUGCCCUUGACAGAGUGGAGGUUUCAGACGCAGUGGAGAACGUGGAUAUGAGCCUGGAGGAGCUUCAGCAGCUGCUGCUCAGGAGCCAUCAGCAGAGUACUGUGGAAGCUGGGACCAGCGCUGUAAUGGAUCCCUUCAGUUUAAGCCUGCCUCUGACUGAGUGGAACUUUACAGAGAUGGAGUCCAACCUCAAAUCAUACAUGUUCCAGAACCAGGAAGCGGAGGCUUUUCCAGCUGCUGGCUGUGAGGAACAGUGAUCAAUCUGUGCUGCGGACUGUCCUUUCUGAAGUGGAAGGCCACGGAAGCUGCUCUUCCCCUCAUUAUUCCACUCUGCAUGAGUUUGAUGCCACGGCCCUGCCAGGCUGUUUCUUACACGUGGCUUUAUUUUAUUUUCUUUCUUAACAUUCAUGUACCCACAAAUAGCAGCAAUGAAAAAUCUGUAUCCUUAUAUUUCCUGGUCAACUGACUGCAAGUGGACCUAUGAGCUACCAGCUCUGUGGGCAUGACCGCUGCCUGCAUGAGGAAAGAUGCCGGUCUAAGUUUUUCAUAGUUACCCAAAACAAACAAGUGUGUUAUGACAUAGUUAUAUCUAGACUCCAAUAUUAAGCCAGCUGGAUGCAGACAGUGCAUUCUUGGCUCCAGCACUUUAGUCUUUGUGUGAGAGGGAGUUCCUGCUUGUGGAAGUGACUUUUUCUUCCUACUGUAUAAAGAAUCUAUUACGGAUGUACAAAUGAAUAUUUUUAUUAUUUUAUCCUUAUGACAAAAAUACUGUAUUUGUAUCCAAGACAAAACUUUGGCAAAAAAAAAAAAAAAAAAUUGUGAAAAACCUUCUUGGGGGGCUAUGUAGCAUACUGUAUAAAACAAAUUAUGUGAUUUUUUCAGUCCGUGAAAGGGUGUAGAAAAUUUAAGGGCUCCUCAUAUACUUGCAUUUCAAACCAUGAUAAAUGUGUUGAGAUAGAUCAGAGGUGAGUUAUCCUUCCAUGAUAUGAAAGGUUCUUCUAGCAAAAAUAUGGAUUCAAGCCACUCUUAAAAUCCCUUAAGAAACCUUUGGUUUUUUCAAGCAUAUCAUGAUAGAAGGUUUUACACAUUUAAGCACCCAUCUAAUGUAUCUUUGCACAGGCCUGACAUGUAGCCAGAGACUUAGAGUUACUUCUCUUCUGUCCAUUUGAAUGUGAAGUUUAAAGGAAAUAUUCAAACAUAGACUUCUCAUUUGACAAAACCAUUAACACCACUGCAUUUUUGCACAAUCUGUAUCACUAGUUAUAUAUAGUUAUAUAAACAGUCAAGACAGUGGGAUGCUGCUUUUAAUACUUUGUUAAAAAAGAUACUCAACUGUCCAGGAGCCGGUCUUUAAAAGGAUUUCAUUAUGAUGAUGACUGUUUCAUUAAAUGUAUGGUGGGGGUGGUUACUUGAGAAUUGAAUCUGUUAUAGAACCAUGAAUACCUGCAUGAAAACAUGCAUAUUAAUUCUCUGGAUUGCUAAAAGAACAUUAAUAACGCUGAUUAUGGCAUUAGAUGUAAAAUAUUUGUCCUCCACACUGGUUGCAGGCAACAGUUUAAAGGUUCAUUUAGCGCUAAAUAUUUUUCUGGGAAACUUCCUGGAGAUGAGUUGAAUCGUGCAAUACUGUACAGAACUGUGAGAACUCACAAAAUUGCAAUACAUGGAUGACCAUGGGAAUGUAGGAAACAGCAACUGUGAGUGGUGGACUGGAAGACACCAUAGUAAGAUGCACUACAGAAGGACAGUGUUAGCCUGUGAGUGCAAAAGCUACGCUAACUUUUGACACUGAGUCAGACAACAGCCUCAACUUGUAGCUACAGGUUUGGGGGGGCACGCAUCAGCUAUAAAUGAAAUCCUGGUCAGACCAAAAGGAUUUGAAGCAACUGAACGACAAGCUGACCACUGUCAGAGCGGCACGCUGCUGCUAGCAAGGCUAAAAAAUCAGGGCGGCGGUUUUCAUUAGCUUUUUGCAAAGGGCUUUUCUCGAUGAUGAUGCUUUUAAAUCUUCUGUGUGCACUACUACCUAUUAUGACUCCAAUUACUAUGUGUUCAUUAUCAAUAUUAUAGCUACUGAAUUCAUAAUGCUUUAACUUUGCAUCUACAUUUGGUACAGUAUGAUUCUGCAAAAGUUGGAAAAGAAAUUCCUCUGACAUAGACGUGAUUACAAUUGAGAUUUUUGCAUUAAGAGAGGAAAAAAAGUGAAAGCACUGAAAGGAUGCAUUCAUGUUGUGUAGAUAUACCUAAACAUUAUAUUAAAAUUGCUAAAUUAGAAAGCUAAUGCAAACUGCCCCCUGCUGGUUAAGGUUUUGUGACAGACCUUCCUUUCUUAGUGCAUGCUUCGGGAGAAGGGGAAAAAGCAAGCCGUGGUGUAAAACAAGUGAAAUUGCACUAAAUAUCACAGUUGUAUGAUAUUUGAGAGUAUACAGUACAUUUUAGACAUAGCAUUUAUUCUUGUUCCUCAUGAUAAUAUGAGUGUUAAUGGGUUUUUUUCAAGGAGUGAUGAAUACAUUCAGUUGCUGUUGUGUUCUCAAUUUAUUCUGUUUUCCAUUUUAACCAUUUGCACUGGAAAUGAACGGAUGUGUGUUCAAAUGACAUUUAUGCUUGUCAGGAUUGCAGAUAGUAUUUCUGUUAACUGAGUGAAAAGAUCUCUUCUGUAACAAAGCCUGGCAUCCCAAAAGCACAUCUGCACUAUGUACGGACAGUACAAUACAUCAGCAUAUACAUAAAAAUAAACAAAAAAUAGAAAGUAAAACCCUUUCUUGUUUCAACAAACUACACCAGCUGCCAGUAAAGACACACAGGUGACCUUAGUGCUUAGAUGCUUUUGAAAGCUGGCCACAACCUGCUGAAAAUGUGAAUUGUUUUUAAUGGUUUUUUGCAAAGACUAAAGUGUAUUGUUACAGAGAGUCAAAGAAACUGAACAUGUAUUCCACCUGUGUAUGAAUAUUUAAGUUGUUAAAACAAAUAAAAGUGAAAGAAAGCAGA